UCGGCUUGGCUAUCGGAGUGUCAGUGGAAGUGCGGGCCGAUGAUUUGGGAUGGCAGAUUCGAAUUCAAAACGCCCUGUAGUUAUGUUUCGAAGGAAGCGCCUCAACGUCCGGCCGCGUGGAUGUAGCGUGAUGCUCUUUUUCCUUUUCGGUUCAUUUUUUGUUUAUCUCAUUUAUUUAUUCCAAUGUAAUCUCUUCCAGCUCGUUUUUUAUUCAGUCGACCUUCAGUGUUACCUGUGCGGAGACGCCAGAGCGGGAACGUUCCGUUUUCUAUAGGAUUAUUGGCGCGAUUACAAUUUUUAAGUAUCGUUCUGGUUUCUUUAUCGCGCCUUGAUGUGAGUGCUUGUGGUUCAGUGCGUUGAUGAUGGAAAUUCAGCAAUAUUUGUUGCUUCUGUCUCGGACUUCGUUAAGUGAUCUUUCGUAUCUAUCAAUGGAACCUCCUCACUCCCCGAAAUUUAAUGUUCCUCUAUGGCAGCCUUGGACUGCUCCUUCACAAAAAGAGACACCAAGCACAGCGUCUAGUGGUGAAUCGGAAGGGGACAGGACCCUUUCGCCAGAGACGCCCAGGAGUCAGGCUAAAGAGCUCACGGGCAAGUGGCGCAGGGAGCGGCGUACGCGCCUGCCGGAAUAUAGACCUAGAGACAAUUGCAAGAUGGCGCUACGCUCGCAAUCCUUCAACGAGAAGCGAACAGCGCCUGCGAUCGCGCGCGCGCACACGCACAGCGAUGGAGAGUUUUCUGAUGAAGCAGAGGAUACUAAUGUAGCUGUUAAUGGAAAAGCACCGCCAGAAUACCCAGUACGGGGCGAAGCACCCAUCGACAUGCGGCUCCGAACUCGGCCCGCGCCGCCGCCGCCCUACACACGCCCUAGUGUUAUUAAGACUAGUGACCCGCCCCCUGAUUCCCUAUCAAUGUGCGACACAGUCAUCGAGGAGCACUUCAGACGUUCCCUCGGCGACAACUACAUGAAUCUCUUCAAGAAGAACACAGAAGCCGUCCAACCGGGCCCCAAACCGAACACAAAAGACAGAGCCAGCAGUCCCAUUCUAUUCAAAACGGAAGAACCUCCAAAACCAACGAAAAUCAUCGCCAUGGAAGUGGACGACCCCAGUCUCUCAGUAGACGACCAUUUCGCCAAAGCCCUCGGCGACACCUGGAAGAAAAUUCAAACCUCAAGAUUAAAAGACAACGACAAAGCACAAACCUCUAACAAAGGCGUCGACGAUCACUUCACCAAAGCGCUCGGAGACACUUGGAAGAAAAUUUCAACAAAACAUGAUCUCGAACAAGAGAAGCCAAAAGAUCAAACGGCGAAAAUUAUCACAAGGAGCGGUGUUGUAAUAUAAAUGUAAUUGAUCAUCAA